ACGUACCUUAUCAUUUUCGAAAAAUAAACCAGAUAUUUAGAUAAACACCAGGGUUAAUGGAUCAAAAUUAUAAAGUUGUACCAUUUUGUUAAUAUUGAUGAUGAUGGUGAUUAUUAUCACAAUGGAACCAACAAAAAUGUGGAUAGUUCGAUAGUGCAAAGUUCGACGGACUUCACGAAUAUGGCGUCUGGAGACAAGAAGGUGUCAACAUAUGUUUUCCUACAUCUAAACACUACAUGUUUACCGGAUGACGAUGAAUGUCAAAUCACGGAGAUCUGUAUGUUCGCUUCACGCAGAAACACUCUUGAACAAUCCGGUGGACAUACCGAAAUUCCUCCUCUGCCUCGAGUUACCAAUAAACUUGUAUUAUGCUUAAAGCCUGAUGCAGAUAUUCAAGAAGAUGCAACUGAUGUGUCAGAACUGACAAAUGAGAGUCUAUCACACCAGCGUCGGUUCAGUUCACAUACUGUGUCUGCCAUGCAAGCAUUUUUGAAGCAUCUCGAGGAACCAGUGUGUUUUAUUGCGCAUAAUGGAAACACAUUUGACUUUGCUGUCCUAAAAGCAGAGCUUAAUCGAAUAGGUCAACCAGCAGUGUUUGUACCCAUGUUUUGCGCUGACAGCUUAUAUGCUGUCAGAGAACUAGAUCCGCCUGCCGAAGAAGUGAGUUUCGAAUUAUUAUCCUCCUCAUUAAAGAGGAAGUCCGGCGAUUCUACGAAAACGAGCCUUAAACGGACGAAAACUGCUCCAGCUACAAGCACGAAACAAACACCAGGGCAUACAUCCUUGUUAAAGAAGAGCUACUCUUCCCCAGCAGUACCAGAAAGGCAGAAAAGGUCGUAUGCUUUAAGAGAGUACUACAAGGACAAGUUUGGAAUGUUGCCCAGAAAUUCACACACAGCAGAGGGAUACUGUAAAGCACUGGUCACCGUAGUUCAAACUACUCCAAAGUUUUGUGAAUGGGCCAAUAAAAAUAAGCAGAAAAUGUCAACAAUUCAACCUGCGUAAUUGAACGAACAAAUGUUCAGAUGAACAAAGCCAUACACCCUGGUCAUAAUCAAUUCCUGAAUAUACGCUAGCACUGGAUUUUCAUGAACUAAUUUCACCAACACAUGUAAUACAAACGUAAUCAGAUUGAUUUUUUGUGUAUAAAUACUAAUCAUUAUAGUCUUUCUUUAUAAUAGUCAUGAUAAAUAAUUGGACCAGAGCUGUAAAUUGGCAGGUCACCCAUGGCAGGUUAAGUGGGGAAGUAUUUAAACAAUUGAAUUUCUAUAGAGAUAUCCGUAAUGUAAAAAUUGUUGCUUACUUGUUAAAGGAACAGUAACAUGAAAGUCUCUUUCACAUAA